UCCGUGUUUAAUAAUUAUCCUACAAGUUCUCAGCAGCCAUUUGUAAUUAAUUUACAUGCUGUUUUAUUUGUUUCAGGCGUUCGUUCCUUUAAUUUGUUUAUUGUCGCUAGCGGCCGCUGAAGCUCCUCUCGGGUAAGUUAAUUUAAGUACUGCAGUCGCCUUUAAGCAGUGUCUUACCUGCCCGCGUAGCCAACGUGCAUAUCGUUCACGCUCCGUGGCGAACGAAAUGCAACUGUCACAGUCGCACUAAUAUGGAAGAGUGAUAGAGAGAGAUAGCUACGAUACGCUACGGAGCGUGAACGAUUGUAACGUUGGCUACGCGGCCUGAGCGAAUAACUCGCGAACGCGAAGCAGCGCGGCGCGGCGCGGCGCGGCGCGGGUGAAUUGAAUCCUUUGAUACCUAUGGAAGAGCCUACGUGGGCGAUCUCCGAAUGUCGUUGGGCCGCCGCGCCGCGCCGCGUCGCAUUCGCGAGUCAACGCCCACGUAAGUAGCGCUGUAAGAGCUUACCCCUCUGUUGAAAACCUCGGCCAAUGGUCAUAUGUAUUGUAUUGACUGAUGUUUAUUUGACAUGGCUAUUUGUAGCCUUUGUAUGUUACGUUCAAAUAGCUAUACAUUCGACGUGUCUGUCCGCCGCAUAAAUCGGCAGACUGUUUUGUACAGAAAAUUACAGACAAGACGUCUCCAGUUGUUAAAUCUUUCAAGAUUUAAGUAUUUCUAGCCCCUGAUGCAAAAAGGGGAUGUUAUAAAUUUGACCACGUGUGUAUUUCUGUGACACCGUAGCUUUUAAACGGGUAACCGAUUUAGAUGCGGUUUUUUAAUGCAGUUUUUAUAGCGCUACUUGGAUACAUUUUAUAAAAAUCGGUUCAUUUGUUUCAUUGUAUAGGCGAUUUUUUAAAUUUUAAAUUUAUAUGAUUACCUAUUUUGAGGCUCUAUUGAGGCUACGUUAGUGCCCUAGAAUACUUUAACUCGAUGGAACAAUUGUUGGUAUAAUUAAAUGGCCUAUUAUAAGCCUUAUUGCAAAGUCAUAACGUCUACUAAUGCUCAGUUAAGUGUGUUACUGUUGUAUAUAGGCGUACGAGUGUUUUAUCGUAUUGAUCAUAAGUAAAUCAUCAUAAUUUGCUCUCGUAUUCUUGAAAAGUUGAAUAAAAAAAAAACCAAUCAAUUAAAAUAUGUAUUAUAUUGUAUAUGUAAAAACACACAUUGACCCCCUUAUUUAUAAACGUCUACUAAAGUUGACAAGCCGCUAAUAAUCGUUUGUCCCUUUCCAUCAUACCAAUACGUCGGAAAGGGACAAACGAUUAUUAGCGGCUUGUCAACUUUAGUAGACGUUUAUGAAUAAGGACAUAAAUUUUUCAUGCCAAGUAUUAGGUCAAGUAUGUCCUAUGGGAUAUCCAUAAUACAUAGAUGCAUUGUCACUGUCAAGUUAGUGUACACAAAAUCCGUUAUAUUAUUUAAACUGACUUGGUUUACAAUUCAUUCCAGCGACGGUUACGCCGCGGCUCGAUCAAGCCAUGACCACGGCCAUGGUUCCCAUAACCACGGUUCCAACCUCGGCCGUUCUCUCUCCACCGAAUACGGACCCCCUGGGGCCUCUAGUCGGUCCUUAUCCCAAGAAUAUGGGGCACCAAGUGCUCGAGGCCUCAGCCAAGAGUACGGCGCGCCAAGCGCCAGGGGUCUUUCUCAAGAAUACGGGGCACCUAGUGCUCGAGGUCUGUCACAGGAAUAUGGAGCGCCAAGUGCUAGAGGACUCUCUCAAGAGUACGGAGCUCCAAGCGCCAGGGGACUAUCGCAAGAAUAUGGAGCUCCAAGUGCCAGGGGACUUUCGCAGGAAUAUGGUGCCCCUAGUUCCAGAGGACUCUCUCAAGAAUAUGGAGCUCCCAGCGCCAGGGGACUUUCGCAAGAGUACGGUGCCCCCAGCGCUAGAGGACUGUCUCAGGAGUAUGGAGUUCCCAGUGCCCGAAGCCCUUCUGAAGAGUACGGAGCCCCUAGCGCUCGCGGCUUAUCUUCUACCUACGGCGCUCCUUCCCAAGACUUCUCCCGUGGACUUUCUCAGGAAUACGGAGCUCCUGGACUAAGAAACGCUCCUUCAGACUCUUACGGCGCACCUGCUUUCAGAAAUACCCCUUCGGAUUCUUACGGAGCUCCCCUGUCUUCUGGUCUUCAAGAUUUCCGAUCAGCUCCUUCUGAGGCAUAUGGUGCUCCGUCGGCUAGAAGUUUUGGGUCUCCUUCUCAGAAAUAUGGCGCUCCUGCUCGUAGCUCAUUCCGUAACUCUUUGUCUCAAGAAUAUGGUGCUCCUUCCACCCGAUCUUUCUCUGGCAGAAACUCUUUCAAAUCCGCUAAAGGCCGCUCUGGUUUCUCUACCCCCUCGUCUACAUACGGUGCUCCUAGUGGAAGGUCUUCUGACUCCUAUCCCCAAGGGCAUAAGGCUGGCUCGUUCGCAAGCGCCCGGUUGUCGGAUUCCUAUGGCGCGCCCGCUGCAAGGGGUCUCUCGGAUACCUAUGGAGCGCCCGGUGCAAGGAGCCUCUCGGAUACUUAUGGAGCGCCGAACAGCAGAGCUGCGGGGUUAAAGACCGGUGCUUUUGCUUCGUCUUUCGCUUCUGCCAGGUCAUCCCCCUCCUCCAAAUACGGCGCCCCCUCCGCCUUCGAUGCUAUGCCCUCCGAGGAAUAUGGCGUUCCUGAACAGUACGACUCUCUCUCAGGCCAGGGCUACGGGUACGCCAGGGGAGCUCUUGAUGAACUGUUGAACCAGGAGCCAGCGAACUACGACUUUGCGUACAAAGUGAACGACUUUGAAUCUGGCAGCGACUUCGGACAUUCGGAAACCAGGCAGGAAAACCGUGCUGAAGGCAGCUACUUCGUCGUUUUACCUGAUGGCACCAAACAGGUAGUAGAAUACGAGGCCGACGAGCGUGGUUUCAAGCCCCGCAUCUCCGUGGAGCCAGCAUCUGGCGGCUACGACGACAACGCCAAUAACAUCGGCCGUUCCGCUGAUGGACCUUAUUAAUAACACAAUAAGGAACAUUUUACUAUAACUAUCCGCCCAAACUGAGAACCGAGGUCAUAUUACUAUCUCUCUCAGUCUUACCAUGACCACGUAAGCGUGAAUGAGAAGUUUUACGACCCCAGUCGGCAGUUUGGUUUGCGGAUAGUAUAGAGGAGCAAAGUGAUGACUUGGCCAGCCAAUUAUUUACCACGAUUACGUUGCUAAUUUGUAGAAGCUUAUGAUCUAAUUGGCGUAAAGUCGCGGACAUCAUUCUCUUUUCCUCCAAUUAAACCAUAAUAAGAGUAACAAAGAAAGAUGUCGGCAAUUAGCGAACUUCGGUGUUCGCGGUAUGCCUCAGGUCACUUUGGUUCCCGAUCGGAAUGCGUUACCAUGAUUGCUCAGAAUUCAGUUUAAAAAGUCCAAUUCCAAUUUCAAACCAGUUUAAAGGACGAGAGUCAGCGAUGCCUUAUAAUAUGUUAGACUGCAAAAAUAUUACAAGUUUCAUUUAUACCGUUUCCUAAACUGGAAUUGUUAAUGGGCUUUUAAAAUUGGAAUUGCUUUAAAGUGUUUUUGUUUGCAAUUUUUGUUACGAACUUUACGAACGACUAGCGAAAUACUCAUUUAUUUAUUAUUUUUAUAGCAAAUUGAAAAAAUGUAUAAAAAAAGUACCUCAUAGUCUGUAAGUUGCUUGUGAUGUAGUGAUAAUUUAGUGCAAAUACAUUUUUAUGACGUUAUUUCAUACUUUUUUAUUUCGUAUAUUAAAAUUAAACCCCAAAUACGAUCACCUGCCUUCUUAGCAUCUCUUAGUGAUUGUUGAAUGAUAAUUGAUAACAAGAUUUACCACUUAUCUAUUGAUUAAUAAUCUUUUCGUUUCUCAUGCUCUGAAAAUGGGUCGUUAUUAUUGUAAAAAGUGUGCAGAAAAUGAUACAUCUCUGCUCUGGAGCACUGUACUUUCUAAGUAUAUGACGCGAUGUUCCAUCUUGAAGUUCCAGUUCAUAUCUUCCGGCUCCAUCAUCAGAUCAGUUCGACAGUACCAUAUUAUUGUAUUGUCAUCAGAACUACAUACAGCUGCCAAUUUUCAUGACGCUACGAUCCUUGGAAGAUGGCUAAAUUAGUUACCUUAGAUUCCAUUACAUAUUAGUUACAUACAGGUCGACCUAGUAAAAGCGUGUUAAAAAUACGCGAGUUGUCUUUAAAUUACUUUUCCUACUCCUCUACUGUUAUCUGUCAUUUAUGCAUUCGUUAACACGAAUAUAAGAACAUACAUAAAAGGUUUCAAGAAAAGUCUAUAUUGUCUAUUCCUCAUAACAGCACUUGUGCUUUUAAUCGCUAUAAUGUUACUGCGAUUAAUGGCUACUAACCUAACAAAAUCAAAACGAAUACAGUUUUAUACUAUAUGCAUUGAUGCCAACUUACAAAAUAUUCAUUUGGUUGCAUAGUAAAAACAAUUACUUCAUAAGUCAGAAACACGCAUGUGACACCCGUAAUAUAGCAACACCCAUAGACUACGAAGACCGCUUAGCGUUGUUUGUUAGUCUCCGUAGGCUACGGUGGCCAAAAUCGAGAAAAAACUGUCCAAAAAUUUAAUUUAGCAAGUAGCAAGUACCAGGGCCUCAUGAGUUACGAGAAGGUGUCGCCGACCGCCCGGGCCGCGGCGGGCCGGGCGCGUAACAAGGCAUGCUCGCGCGUCUUGGCCAUAUACUUUUGCUUUGUUUACCUAAAUUAAGAUUUAUUUUUGUUGACUCGUAGGAAAAGUAUUGUAUGCAACGUUGUAUAAGUAGGUCAAGAAAUGCUCGUGGCGUAUUCCUUUACAAUGUUCGCCUACGCCUUCGGCUCCGGCUCACAUUGUAAC